UAGAUGGGCUGAAAAUGAAGGGGAAGGGUAGUGAUCUUGGAGAUAAAUCCGAAGGUAGGAUUGAUGUCGAUAAACCACUUUGGAGCCAGGACACGUACCUCGGAAGAUGGAUGCAUUACGCCUUCAUCACCGACUGCCGCACGGUACUCGUACCAGAGAACAAAUUGUGGGAAGCAAAAAAGCUCUGCGAAGACUAUAAGGCCAGGAAGGAGCCAGAAGGCCUGCAGAGAAAGGACAUAAUCUAUGCGAAGAAGCUCAAGGAUAGUGCCUUUCAUCCCGAUAAUGGCGAGUUCAUGCACGUGAUAGGAAGAAUGUCCUUCCAGCUGCCUGCUUCUGUCACCCUCACUGCUGCCAUGUUGACCUUCUACAAAUCCGCCUUCGGCAUGAUAGCAUGCCAGUUGAUUAAUCAGAGUUUCAACGCGUUUGUCAAUUACACCAAUCGAAAUGCGAUGAGUGACGAUCCGCAGGAUACCGAUGUUAUCCAACAGGCGUUCAUACUCGCCACUGCAGCAAGUUGCGCGGCCGCUUUGGGAUUUAGGAAACUGUUUUCCGGCAGAGGAACUCUCUUUACAAGAUUCGUUCCAUUUUGUGCGGUGGCUGCCGGCAAUAUGGUAAAUCUCCCCAUCAUGCGACAACGGGAGAUCGCUCGGGGUAUUCCAAUAUUCGCCAAGAAUGGUGACGAAGUGUGCAUCAUGAAGUCACAAAUGGCCGCCGUCAAGGGUAUUUCUGAAUGCAUCCUCACAAGGAUAAUAAUGGCCGCGCCCGGAAUGCUGAUGAUUCCAGUCAUUACACAACGAAUGCAAUCGUAUUGUUUCUACCAACUUCGUCCAUGGAUCACUUUUCCCGUUGAAAUCGGUUUAUGCACACUCUGUUUGUUAGUCACGAUCCCUUCGGCACUCGCUAUUUUUCCGCAGAAAAACUCGAUGAAGUCAGAACUAUUAAAGAUAUAUCCGGAGGAGUACGAAAUAUUUCGAGAGAAAAUGGGUCAGCGCAAACAUCUGGAUAAAGUUUAUUAUAACAAGGGAUUGUAA